AUGAGAGGAGCAUCGUGGAGAGGAGGAGCUAGAAGAUAUGCAGGUCCGGAAGAUGGUAGCCGCUAUAGGCCAUACCAGCCUCCAAAUGGAUGCAUGAACUCUAGGCCAGGCCAAUCCAGCCACCAGUAUUCAGAACAGCUAAACUAUGGGGAUUGGACCGAUUUUGCUCAAGAGGUUAGGGGCUCCGCUAUCUACAUACCUCCGUCUGCGGACUAUCGCAAUAAUCCAGAAGCUCAAUUUCGUGGUCCAGUCUUCCGAGGCAUCGAAGCUGGACCAAACUUUCCUUAUGGUGAACAGCGAUUCACGAGACCUCCGCUACUCCCAACCCCAGAUGCGUCGUUUGACAGCUCUUGGAGAAGAAGGAAUCAAUUCCAAUGGGAUGCACAUCGGACCACUUCUCCUAAUCGAGGUCUUUCACGUUUUAACCCUCGAAUUCGUUCACCUUCUCUACCAUUGGGACCGUCAGAAGAUCAGGUCAGAGACGGUAAGGGAGGCAUUGAUGUAUCAAUCAUCAAUAUGCUGUACGAAGAAAUAUCCAGAAGUCCGUCUCUGGAGCCAACUAUGGCUGAGCAAGCAUCCGAAGAGAAGGAAAAAUCAGGGGAUCAAGAUUUAAAAUCCGGAAAUCCACAAUUUUCACCAUUGGUACCAUCAGUAUCACAGAUUAGUAAUAGCGAGGCAAUCAAUGUUGAAUCCAUCCCACUUCCUGGCGAGAAUCGGGAGAAAGCCUAUGACAAUACAAUGAACAAUCAAGAAGUGCAUCUAGACUGUCCAGAGUUAGUUUCACCUUCACUGAAACAGAUGGAAAAGUUAAUGAUUGUUAGUCAGUACGAAGAAGCUCUAGGGGGUCCAUCUCAAGAGCCAACUAUCGUGGAGCAAGCCACCCAAGAUCAUGAGAGGACGUCGGAUCAGGAUGUAAGCUCUGAACAAUCAAUGGAAAACAACGCGGUUACUGUUGGGGGAAAUGGGAAGGAAGGCCAGGAGAUCAUCAAUCCGAAGAAGAAUGAAGAUGAGUGCGAGACGUCAGAGUCACCGAAAUCGAGAGAGCCUAGUGAAUGGUCACCACCAUCAAUCGACCCAUUUGAAGACUCGGACGGUACUGGAUGGUGCUUCGGAGUGGCUGAUAAUUAUGGAGAAGAGAUUGCAUCAUCUUCAGACGAAACAUUAGAAUGGCAAUAUAGUCCGUAUCCAGGGAUGACUUCGGAAAUGGAGUUCACAGAUUAA